GUUAUUUUGGCUGUGUGAUGGUUCACGGACGGCGGCCAGCCCGGGAUUUCUCCGGUUACCAGCGCAGACACAAAGGGCUAACGGGCCACACGUUACAGCUGGACGUCUGUUUCACGACAGUUUGAUCGCCAGCGUUGACAAAACGCGCAAACGUCGCUGUGCGCAGCGCUCGCAGAGGACUGUCUUUAUUAUUGACACCGCGACAGACAUGAACGGCAUCACCAAGGGCAGAUUUGAGGUGUUCUCAAACAAUGAUGAGGCCCCCAUCAACAAAAAACUUCCCAAAGAGCUUCUGCUCAGGAUUUUCUCCUACCUGGAUGUUGUUACAUUGUGCAGAUGUGCUCAAGUAUCCAAGGCCUGGAAUGUUCUCGCAUUAGAUGGAAGCAACUGGCAGAAGAUCGAUCUCUUCAACUUUCAGACAGAUAUCGAGGGUCGGGUUGUGGAGAACAUCUCAAAGCGAUGUGGAGGUUUUUUGAGGCAGCUCAGUCUCCGGGGUUGCCUCAGUGUCGGAGACGCCUCCAUGAAGACCUUCGCUCAGAACUGUCGUAACAUUGAACAUCUGAACCUCAACGGCUGCACCAAGAUCACAGACUCCACCUGCAUCAGCCUUAGCAAGUUCUGCUUCAAACUGCGCCACCUUGACCUGACCUCCUGCGUCUCCAUCACCAAUCAUGCACUCAAGGCCUUAAGUGAGGGCUGUCGGAUGUUGGAGAACCUGAAUCUGUCCUGGUGUGAUCAGAUCACGAGUGAUGGCAUUGAGGCUCUCAGCCGCGGCUGCACAGCUCUCAGAGCUCUGUUUCUGAGAGGAUGCACACAGCUUGAUGAUACUGCACUGAAGCACCUUCAAAAGCACUGUCCCGAACUCAUGACAAUCAACAUGCAAUCAUGCACGCAAAUCACAGACGACGGCUUUGUGAGUUUGUGUCGGGGUUGCCACAAGCUGCAGAUGGUUUGCAUUUCUGGCUGCAGCAACAUCACAGACGCUUCUCUGACUGCCCUCGGCCUCAACUGCCAGCGGCUCAAGAUCCUGGAGGCUGCUCGCUGCUCACAUGUGACUGAUGCUGGUUUUACUGUUCUUGCCAGAAAUUGUCAUGAGAUGGAGAAGAUGGAUUUAGAGGAAUGUAUUUUGGUGACUGAUAACACUCUGGUUCAGCUCUCCAUCCACUGCCCUCGGCUGCAGGCGCUGAGCUUGUCUCACUGCGAGCUGAUCACAGAUGAUGGGAUCCGCCACCUGAGCAGCAGUGUGUGCGGUCAGGAGCGCCUGCAGGUGGUGGAGCUGGACAACUGCCCGCUGAUCACAGACAUCACUCUGGAGCACCUCAAGAACUGCCAGCGGCUGGAGCGCAUCGAGCUCUACGACUGCCAGCAGGUGUCCCGCGCCGGCAUCAAACGAAUCCGGGCUCACCUUCCUGAGAUUAAAGUCCACGCUUACUUUGCCCCGGUCACGCCACCUCCAUCAGUGCACGGCGGAGGUCAGCGUCUGUGCCGCUGCUGCGUCAUCCUCUGACAGAAGGAGGAGCCUCUGAGUGACAUCACAGAGAAUCGAGCUGUCAGCCAACCUCUAAACUGCGCCUUUCCCCUGCUUCACGCCACUGAGGGGCGUGGCUGGUUCACGGAGCGCUUGCCUGGCAGCCGAAUGGACCUGAACAAGUUGCACAAAAAAUAAAAUACAAUGCAACAAAAAAACGGAUACACACGAAGAAACAUCAAGGAGCUACCAUGUAAAAUAUGUCAUGUUUGGAUCUAUAGAAAACAAAUGCACUUCAAAAGCAUUAUGGAACUACUGAAUAUGAAACGAACGACUUAGAGAUGCUGUUUUUUGAUUAUGACGACGACGACUACACAGUGUUUACAUCCUGCUCCUCCUCAGCCAAUAGGAAUGCAUUGUUGUGACAUGAACAAAUAGAGAAGCGGAAAGAAAGCGUGCGAGCUGCAGGAUGCCAGAAUCUGGAUUUAUGUAGGAUUGAUCAUGUGACUAUUGAAGCUCUAUUGAAGCGUUUCUGUCUGGUUUUGCGUGUGUGUGUGUGCGUGCGUGCGUGCGUGCGUGUGUGUGAGAGAGAAUGUUUAAAUAUAGAAAACGGAUUAUAACACUACAAACAAAUCAACCCAUAUUAAAACUGGAGUAAAUGUU